AUGAGCGCUCCUGUAAUACCUUAUCAUAAUACUGACUUUGUAUACGAUGGCCAUAGUUCGAAACGACCCAAUUGGCCUCCUGUAGUGUCUUCACAUUCCAGUAAUGGGCACGAAUUUGUUUUAACUGAGGACACUCCACUGAAUAAACGUCAUUUCAUAUAUCAGCCAUGUUGCCCCAACCCUUUGCUGAAGAACCUAAAAUAUGUCAAUAGCGAAUAUCCAUAUGAGGCAGCUGGAUUUAAUACAAUGGAUAGAUCUGAUAUGCUAGCGAUGGCUAAGAAUUCCAAUGAUAUAGUAAGUGUUCCUGAGAAAUGCGGAUGGAGAAGUGCUCGAGCAGACGUUUGUUUAAAGGAAGGUAUGGCAUAUUGGGAGAUUGAAGUGCUGGAAGGUGGUCACCCAUCUGGAGAUUUUAGUGAUGCAGACGGUGAGAGAAAGCAAAGCCAGUACAUAUUGAACACAACACCGCAUGUAAGACUGGGAAUAUGCAGACGAGAAUCGUCUUUAGAAACACCUAUAGGAUGUGAUGCUUAUGGAUAUAGCAUUAGGGAUAAUAUGAUGGAGAGCAUCCAUGAUAGUAAGCUGACUCAAGUGUUACCUUCAACAAAAUUGAAGCCUGGCCAAAGGAUUGGUCUAUUACUAAAGUUGCCGAGUUUUGAAGAGCAAUACAAGCAAGCUAUGGAAUAUACGCACCGGGAGAUUGACGCCCUUAAUACAGGUGGUGGUAGCGACAUUUUAAAGAAAAGAGCUAAAAGUACGAACAUUGAGUUUCAAAAAACUUUGCUUCGUAAUCACGAUCCAAAAGAUAUUAUUCGUGAUCAAAUAGCAAUUCGCUACAAAAAUCAGCUUUUCUUUGAAUCUAUAGACUAUGUUAAGAAGACCAAGCCAGAAUACCAUACCUCGCAGAAGGAUCCAAAGGAAGAAUAUACAUUGAAAGGCUCGUUCCUAAAAGUUUAUGCCGAUGGUCAGGAAUUAGGUAACGCCUUCGAAGAACUUUAUCCUUUCCUUCCUCCCUUUAGCGAACUAAAUUAUAAUGAAAAGCUUUACAUGAAUCACUGGAAGAACUACAUGGACUCAAUGCCAAAAGCAGUUAACCAUAGAAUUGCAUUUUUAAAGAAUAAGUUUACCAACAAUGGAAAGCUCGGUUAUUAUCCCGCAAUUAGUUGUUUUAAUGGCGGCGUAGCCCGCAUAAUUACUACUAAGCCAGACUUACUGUAUUGGGACAAUGUUGUAAAUCAAUUUCAAGAAGACAAAAUAUUUACAUUGGAUGAACUCUAUAAGCAACAAGUCGCAGAUGACAUUGUAUGGGAUCUAAUUGCUGAGAUAGAAGCAGAAGAAAUUCGUGAAAGCAUUAUUGCGAAGCGAAGUUAA